ACAAAAAUGUUAAGAAGUGUAGAUGACCCAACCAGUGGCAGAAGAAGGCUAUGUCUCUGAAAGAAGGUACAUGCACAAGUCAAAUGCAACAAGUUCAGCUAGAGGAGGAAGGGCUAUCAACAAAGAGAAAAGCUAUCGAUGAAGCUGAACUAUCAUCGAAACUCGCUAAGCGAAAUGAAGAGAAGCGUUGGAUGGGAUAUGAUCAUGCUCAUACCGUUGAUCUGGUGGAUUUAAGCGGUGGGCUUCGGGGUGGACGACCGUGGGGAUUUUCUUCGAGUGCUGGACCGAGUAACAAUCCAUACGGGGAUAACGAUGUUAAUUCUGACGAUUUUAUGAUUCCGUCGGAACAUGUGAGGCGAAUGUUGGAGGGGUCUGAAUCGGAGACUUUCAUGGCUUUGAGUCCCUCAGUGACCUCGGCUGAAUCCCAUCCUACGAGGGAGAUGGAAGGAUCGGAGAGUUCCGUCGAGACUGACCCGUCGGAAGAUCUUGAUGAGUUUGAUGAUGACGAUGUCGAGACUGGUGCAGAGUCUGACGAAGCCGUGCCUUUGGUUGCUUUUGGAGGAAAUUUCGGGAAUGUUCUAAUCACUGAUUUUGUUGUGCUUUCUGAUGAUUCUAAUGAUGAUUCUUUGGACGAGCCUGAAGAGCAGAUGGCGACAACUAGAUAUCUCUAUGGAGAUAGUGAUAUUGAUGUGCCUAUGUGGGAAAGCCCGGAUGGAGUAAAUGCCUCGCACGAUUCUGACUGUGUUGUGUUUAUGCCGACAGAAUAUGGGAUUCCUAAGCAAGCGUUGGCUUACAACAUGAUGUCGCCUAAUGUCGAAUUUGCUACACCACCUAGUCCGCCAACUCCGAAUUUUAGCGAGACGCCGAGAAUGUCUAUUUCGCUAAGGAGAUUUGCGAGUAGGACUUGGUAUGAUGGGUAUGAAAGAGCUAACAAUGAGAUGUUCCAUAUGAGUUUUGAUAAUGAAGAAGUGGAUGAAGAAGUGCCGGAUCCGAUGUUUGAGUGUGAGACUAUACCGGAAACUCCGCCACCUGUUGAGGAGUCGGGAAUGUUAUUUCCCCCGGAUGAGUCGCUUUUUGUGCCGGUGACUUUGGGAUCCAGUUCCAUGGCUACAAUGAUUGAGAACAUGAUUGAUGCGGGUACCCUUGGUAUUGAACCGAUCCAACCAUCCAAAGGUAUGCCUGUUUGGAAUGAAGGUAUGAAGAGAUCCGCGGAUGGAACCGUUGUGACUAAGAUGGAGCGUGAAGAUGGACGUUCUUAUAGUGUAACGCCGUUCUACUUCACUUGUGGCCAAGAUGGUCACUAUGUGACUGUGUGUCCAAAGAAGCGUCCUGAGAAUCCCAGUUCGUCAAACCCAAGCCCGAGUACGUCCGCGAAGAAGAAGAAAAACCUUAGUAUUAACUAGGAUUACUCUAAACCUUCAAACAGUUGGAUUCCGGCGAGGUAAGUAAGGGUUCUAACUCAUUGUAUGAUUCUGUGUUGCAUUUUAUUCUUGUAUUGCAUUUAGGAUUGUAAUAUAUUUGGCUUGUAAUC